UGUAUUAAAUGUAAAUCUGUUAACUUAUAAAUUGGUAUGUCUUUUAAUAUUAAACAGGAUGUGAAAUAAUAAACUGCAAGAGUAAUAUUUAAAAAGUUAAAGCUAGAGAGACAAAAAUUUACAUCCGUCUCUUAUAACUAUAUAAAUACAGAAAUAUAUUUUAAAAUUUCCAAAAUCUGCAAAUACUCAAAUAAGUUAGUAUGUUCAGAUGUAUGUUUCUGUGUUUGCUUAUACAUACACCAAACUAUAGCACUAACAAAAAAUAAAUGGCUAUCAUUAUUAAUGCAUAUUGUAGCAGAUAUAAUAAGUUAAUUAUGUCUAGUACUGACACUGCAUUAACUCAGGAAGAGGAAGAUUUCCUGGCAAAAGGGGAUGUGAAAGACCACUUUGCAGAGUACAAUGAAGUAAUAAAAAUAAUAGAUGAUUUACAUCACGCUUAUGCCAACCAGACUAAAUCUGAACUAUCUGAUGAAGGGUUUAAUUUCAUUUUGAAUAAGUAUCAAGAGCAGCCCCAUCUCUUGGAUCCUCAUCUGGAGGAGCUCCUAACAAAACUUCUGAAGCUUGUACGUACAACUGAAACAGGGAAGCUACUUCAUCAUGCUUUCAAAUAUCUAUAUCUGAUCACAAAAGUUCGUGGACAUAAACCUAUUGUGAGACUUUUCCCUCAUGAAGUAAGUGAUCUUGAACCUAUUAUGACGAUGUUGUCAAAACAGAAUCCAUACGACAGAGAAACAUGGGAAAACAAAUACAUGCUUUUACUGUGGCUUUCCAUGAUAUGCCUGAUACCAUUUGAUAUGGAUAAGUUCGAUUCUGAGGGUAGUAAACCUCUUAUCGAACGCAUAAUUGAUGUAGCGAAGUUAUAUCUUAUGCUUUAUGGGGAUAAAUGCCAAGAAGCCGCUGCUUUGGUUUUAUCUAAGAUCUUGACAAGACCUGAUGCACAAGAGCAACAUUUGCCAAACUUUAUCACCUGGUGUGUUGAGAAAAUAUGCGAUUUUAAAAAGGAAGACAGUGCUGGAAUUGCAACAUUACAAGGACCGCUACUCGCUCUGGCAACCAUCUUCGCAGUGGGUAAACGAAGCAGUAUAAUACCCUUUGCACCUAUUGUAUUACAAGCAAUUCAAAAAGAGGAUUUACCCCAUAAUCAACAUUCCCAAAUUAGAAAACUGAGUGUAAAACUGGUUCAGAGAUUGGGCAUCACGUUUUUGAAGCCUAUACUGCCAAAAUGGAGGUACCAACGUGGUUGUCGUUCGUUGAAAGAUACCUUGAAAUCUCAAAAUCAAGAUGCAGCUGACAAAACCAAUAUUGAUGGAGAAGAGGAUGAAUACGAUGUUCCUGAUGAAAUUGAGUCGGUGAUUGAAUGUCUUAUGAAUGCCCUAUAUGAUUCAGAUACGAUCGUUCGUUGGUCAGCUGCAAAGGGUAUCGGACGAGUGACCAGUCGCUUACCACGGGAUUUAGCAGAUGAAGUAGUCGGGUCUGUGCUUGAUUGCUUUUCCGACACCCAAGCUGAUGGUGCUUAUCAUGGAGGUUGUUUGACUUUAGCGGAGUUGGGGAGACGUGGUCUUCUUUUGCCUCAUAGAUUAGAAGAGGUUGUUCCAAUUUUGCUUCAUGCCCUUGUUUUUGACCUCAAACGUGGAGCUUUUAGUGUAGGUGCGAAUGUGAGAGAUUCAGCUUGUUAUCUGGCUUGGUCUUUUGCAAGAGCAUAUAAUGCUGAAACUAUAGCACCAUAUGUUGAGAAGAUUGCAAGAUCAUUGCUUAUCGUGACAGCAUAUGAUAGAGAAGUAAACUGCAGACGUGCUGCUUCAGCGGCAUUUCAAGAGAAUGUUGGUCGACAAGGACAAUUUCCUCAUGGAAUCGAUAUCUUGACGAAAGCAGAUUAUUUUGCAGUUGGUAGUCGUACUGAUUCUUAUUUGGUGAUUGGGCCUUAUAUCGCCAGUUUCAAAGAAUACACUGUGACGUUCAUUGAUCAUUUAUGUGAACGAAAAGUUGACCACUGGGAUCCUGAAAUCAGAUUAUUGACCGCAAUAGCACUUCAUAAUCUUGUACCUAUAAGUCCAACUUAUAUGGCAGAUGCUGUUUUAGCUAAAUUGCUGCCUAUGUGCACUGGCAUAGAUCUCGUUGCUCGACACGGCAGUAUCAUAGCAGUUGCUGAAAUCAUACAUUCUUUAUCUGAAGUGGAAACAAGCACAGGAUCUGUUGGUUUGAUUUCGAGAAAUAAACAUCUGAAAACAGCUUUUGGUAUAUGCAAGGAACUGCAGAAUGCUUCGGUGUUUCGUGGCUUUGGAAAUGAACUGAUGAGACUCGCUAUUUGUCACUUAAUCACAAGAGUUUCUGAAUGUAGAGCGCUGAUUAAACCUCCUCCCGCAGCAACAAAAAGUUGGCUGGAAGUGAUCCACGACACUUUAUCUAAUUUGGAUUGGUAUGUAGAUGUAGAAAAAGUCUGUAAUGCUGCAGUGAAGGCUUUAGCCGAAGUAAAUCACAUUACUAUUCCUACUGGUGAUUUCACUGAAGUAGCGUUAAAUCAGAAAUCUGAUGGCAAAGCAAACGAUGUGCUUGAUAGUUAUAUACUCAAGCUGAAAAGUUCAUCGGAAAAAGAGAGAAUUGGUUAUUCUCAAGCUAUUUCUGCGCUUCCUAAGCAUGUUGUAAAUGGAAGAUACAUGAAGAUAUUGAAUGCUUUGAUGGCAGCAACUAAAAAAUCUGGAAGUGCGGACGCCGCAUUUGCAGAAGCUCAUAUGCAUGCAGUCCAAGCAUUGGUAAAAAUAUGUAAAGGAAUGGACAUUAAAAAAGAUGGAAAUCCGGAUGAGGCCCUGUGUGUAGCAAACGUGAAUGAUGUUUAUGAAACCUUGAUUCACUGUUUAUCUGAUUAUACUAAAGACAACAGGGGUGAUAUAGGAUCCAUUGUACGGCUGGCCGGAAUUCGUGGUCUGGAGAUGAUAACACUAGAAAUAGUUCAAAAGGAUAAAUCCAUUUUAAACAAAGAAAUCAUUCGAAAGUUGAUGUGUUCUGUGCUACAACAAUCAGGUGAAAAAAUUCAUAAAGUUCGUGAUGGAGCCAGGGAUGCUUUAUUCUCACUUCUUCACAACAAUCCUAAAGUUCCGUUUAUACCACAUCAUGAUGAACUUGUACCCAUAUUCAUCAACAGAGGUUACAUGCCUCGUAUGAAAGGCUUAUACCGAAUGACAAGCAAAGUAUUGAUGUUCGACACGUAUCUGUAUAACAUGCUUCUCGGAUUGGUAGUAUCUGUUGGGGAUCUCACCCAAUCACUAGCUGAUGCAAGCGGGGAAGCUCUUUUCGCUCAUUUGGAUAGCAUUCACAGAAAUGAAGAGCAAAUGGAAAAAUUUAUUGACGCAUUUAUAAAAAUAUUUGAAAAUCAUUUGAAAGUUACAAGAGUGAGCAUGCCUUUACUGAAAACGUUACAGCUUAUUUUGCAGAGAGGAUACUUUUCUGGUAUCGCAGAUGUCAUGCAAGACCCUAUGAAGAAAGAUUCACCACUUUCGCAAACACCCACCAAGAUAUUCUCACUAGUGAAGCAGGAGAUUGCUAGGACAAAAGAUGCCCAACGACUUUUAACAAGUAUCGAAGUAUUUUGUGGAUUUCUACAGUUACCAUCUGAUGAUCUUCGAAAAUGUACUAUUUCGCAACUUCUACGAAUGCUUUGUCAUGUUUAUCCGAAGGUCCGACGUUCAACUGCAACUCAACUUUAUGAAUCUGUACUAACUUACGAUGAUUUGGUGUCUGACAUGGACAACUUGGAAACAGUCAUGACUAUAUUGAGUGAAACCGUUUGGGAUAGUCCAGUUGAUACCCUACGCCCAAUACGAAAUGAACUCUGUUCAUACUUUUCUGUAGCUGUUCCGAAACUAGUUUCAAAAAAAUGAUAAACUUUUAGUACGCACUGAUGUUACCUAGAGUAUAAUUUAAAAAAUAAUUUUGCACCUAAUGUGAUAUAGAACGUUUGAUAUUCUUCAGUUGUUCUUUCCAGCUCAUUUUAAUUCCAUAUUCCAAGAAUUGUUCCACUGUGUGUCCCGUUAUUCGCUUGGUAUACAUGUUGUUGAUGCAAUGAGGGAAACUUUUAUGGUUACUAAUUUCAGUUAUAUAUUUUUCUUGUGAUUGAGCAAUGUUUUGUACAUUUCUAUUUGUAGCCUGACAUAGUUUGUUCUAAUUGUUGUCCACCUCAAUAAUUUUUUUAGUUAGAGACCUUUAUUAACCAUGAUCAGCAAUUUGACAUAGAAAUUUGAUUAAUUGCUUUGGCAAUUCUCUUUUAUUUAGCAUGUACUGAAUAUUUUGUAAACACUAGCUAUGAGUAGUAUCCAAUUCAUGUAUUCGUUGUUCAAUUAUUUUCACCUAACGUAAUGUUUCGAAUUAAUAAAUGUUCACUGUUGUCAUCAA